GAGACUUCGCGCAGGCGCGGGGAGCGACGUGCGUCGGAACGAUGGAGGUCCAGCGGGCCUUGGAGCGGCUGCACAUGACCAUUUUCUCCCAGAGUGUUUCCCCCUGUGGCAAGUUCUUAGCAGCAGGGAACAACUACGGGCAGAUUGCCAUCUUCAGUUUAUCAGCUGCUUUGAGCUCAGAGGCCAAAGAGGAAAGUAAGAAGCCAGUGGUGACCUUUGUAGCCCAUGAUGGCCCUGUAUACAGCCUGGUCUCGACAGACAGACAUCUGCUCAGUGCAGGGGAUGGUGAAGUGAAAGCCUGGCUUUGGGGAGAGAUCCUAAAGAAGGGCUGUAAGGAAGUAUGGAGCCGUCAUCCCCCAUACAGGCUGACCCCAUUUGCCCUUCUAAACAGGAGCAGCCUGGAAGUUCCUGAAAUCAAUGCUUUGCUGCUUAACCCUAAGGAGAAUUCCCUCCUCUUGGCAGGGGGUGACUGCCAUCUUCAUUCUAUGGAUCUGGAGACAGGGACAUUCACGCGUGCACUUCGAGGUCACACUGAUUACAUUCAUUGUUUGGCCCUUCGAGAAAGAAGUCCUGAAGUGCUGUCUGGGAGUGAGGAUGGCACAGUGCGGCUUUGGGAUCUUCGUACAGGUGAAGAGGUUCAGACCAUUGAAGUUUACAGGCAUGAGGAGUGUGCUCGACCCCAGAAUGGAAAGUGGAUUGGAUGUUUAGCAACUGACUCAGAUUGGAUGGUGUGUGGAGGGGGCCCUGCUCUUACUCUUUGGCACCUUCGAUCUGCCACACCCACAACAGUGUUUCCACUUAGGGCCCCACAGAAGCAUGUAACCUUCUACCAAGACCUGAUCCUCUCUGCAGGUCAGGGACCGUGUGUGAACCAGUGGCAGCUGAGUGGGGAGCUGAAGGCCCAGGUCCCUGGCUCCUCUUCCAGCCUGCUUAGUCUCAGCCUCAACCAGCAGCCUGCUGCACCAGAGUGCAAGGUCCUGACAGCUGCAGGAAAUAGCUGUAGGGUUGAUGUCUUCACUAACCUUGGAUACCGAGCUUUCUCCCUAUCUUUCUCCUGACCCUCCUCUCCAAUCUUCCCCUCCCCACUUGUUAGGCUCUACUUUGUUAAUUAAAAAAAAAAAAAGCCAUUUAGUCCA